UAUUUAAUGCCUGCCCUUUAUUUGAGGAGAACACUAUUGAAGGCACCUGUGCAAGACAAUGAAAUUCUUCAGUUACAUUUUAGUUUAUCGCCGGUUUCUCCUCGUAGUUUUCACUCUGCUGAUUUUAUUACCACUGCCACUCAUCCUCCGCUCAAAGGAAGCAGAAUGUGCCUACAUCCUCUUUGUCGUCGCCAUAUUCUGGCUGACAGAAGCUUUGCCUUUGUCGGUAACAGCAUUGCUGCCUGGCUUAAUGUUCCCGAUGUUUGGGAUCAUGCCUUCCAAAGAAGUGGCAUCUGCUUAUUUCAAAGAUUUUCACCUACUGCUGAUUGGAGUCAUCAGUUUAGCAACAUCCAUAGAAAAAUGGAACCUGCACAAAAGGAUCGCUCUGAGAAUGGUGAUGAUGGUGGGUGUGAACCCGGCAUGGCUGUCCUUGGGGUUCAUGAGCAGUACCGCCUUCCUGUCGAUGUGGCUUAGCAACACCUCUACUGCAGCCAUGGUGAUGCCCAUCGUGGAGGCUGUGGCCCAGCAGGUCAUCAGUGCGGAAGCAGAGGUGGAGGCUACUCAGAUGACCUAUUUCAGUGGAUCUACCAACCAGGCACUGGAAAUAGAUGAAAGUAUUAACGGACAAGAAGCAAAUGAGAGAAAAGAGAAAACAAAACCAGUUCCAGGAUACAGUAAUGAUGCAGGGAAAAUUUCAAGCAAGAUGGAGCGGGAAAAGAAUUCAGGCACAAAUUCUGGAAACAAAUAUCGAACAAAGAAGGAUCACAUGAUGUGUAAACUUAUGUGCUUGUGCAUUGCUUAUUCUUCUACCAUUGGUGGACUGACAACAAUCACUGGUACCUCCACCAACUUGAUCUUCGCUGAGCAUUUCAAUACGCGCUAUCCUGACUGCGAUUGCAUCAACUUUGGAUCAUGGUUUAUAAUGUCCUUCCCGGCUGCCAUUAUUAUUCUCCUCUUGUCUUGGAUCUGGCUUCAGUGGCUUUUCCUAGGAUUCAAGCAUUUCCGCAACCAGGGAUGGAACCCACACCCCCUUCAGUGGACGUGCGGAAUCUUAACCACUGGACCUCCAGGGAAGUCACUCAACUUUAUAAGCCAAACACUUCUGUGGAGUCGUGUUCCAUACCCGUGCCCACAUUUCCCAAGCUUCAUCAUCUUUAAGGAGAUGUUCCAAUGUGGCAAACCCCCAACAGCCAAACAAAAAGCCUGUGCUGCAUUUAUUAAACAAGAAUAUCAAAAACUUGGGCCAAUAAGAUAUCAAGAAAUUGUGACCUUAGUCCUCUUCAUUGUAAUGGCCCUGCUAUGGUUCAGCCGAGAUCCUGGAUUUGUCUCUGGUUGGUCUGCGCUUUUUUCAGAGUAUCCCGGUUUUGCUACAGAUUCAACUGUUGCUUUACUUAUAGGACUCCUGUUCUUUCUUAUCCCAGCUAAGAGAUUGACCAAAACUACACCUACGGGAGAAACUGUUGCUUUUGAUUACUCUCCACUGAUUACUUGGAAAGAAUUCCAGUCAUUCAUGCCCUGGGAUAUAGCCAUUCUUGUUGGUGGAGGGUUUGCCUUGGCAGAUGGCUGUGAGGAGUCAGGACUAUCUAAGUGGAUAGGAAAUAAAUUAUCUCCUCUAGGUUCAUUACCAGUCUGGCUAAUAAUUCUGAUAUCUUCUCUGCUCGUCACGUCUUUAACAGAGGUAGCCAGCAAUCCAGCUACCAUUACCCUCCUUCUUCCAAUACUAUCUCCAUUGGCUGAAGCCAUUCACAUCAACCCUCUUUAUAUUUUGUUACCGUCUACUCUGUGUACCUCAUUUGCAUUCCUCCUACCAGUAGCAAACCCACCCAAUGCUAUUGUUUUUUCAUAUGGCCAUCUAAAAGUUAUGGACAUGGUUAAAGCUGGACUUGGCGUUAAUAUUGUGGGUGUCGCUGUUGUGAUGCUUGGCAUGUUUACCUGGAUUGUACCUAUGUUUGACCUCUACACUUACCCUUCCUGGGCUCCUCCACUUAGUAAUGAGACAACGCCAUGACAAGCAUGACUAUUCUGUGAUCCCAUCAUAUGUGCUGUGAGUUUCACAAACAUGCUGAGAUAAAUACUACAUACUCAGCUCUCCUUCCUUCCUGGACACAUGGGAAACUAAACUUCCUAGGAGUUCUUGCAGUUAGGGGCAUCAGAUUACUAGUCUUGACCAAAGAGAUGUGCAUAGAAAGGACUGUGUCAUGUGCAGGAUGAAGGAGUGAAAACCUCUCUGUGCAAUUCUCCAGUCUCCCUCUUCCUCUUCUGCAACAAACUCUGAAACCUCAUGUUGAAAUGUCAAUGCCCCUCAUACCAGAGAUUUGUUGUGACUUUGUGGAGCAGAGCCUGCCUCUGUCCAGCUUUGAACAUCUGACAUGGUAC